CCCAGAGCUGUUUCUGCUGGUGAACUGAAUAAUAAUCUAAUGAUGCCAAAAUGGCGAAACAAACGGGAAAUAGACUCAUCUUCUCAUAUACUACGUUUCAUACGGUAGUAUUCAUGCGGUGUGUUCAUACCUGCAUGCAUGCCCCCCCUCCUGUCAUAUGACUGCUCUACCAUGUGACUGGGGUUCUUACCAGAGAGCCAAGGGGCUAGAAUAGAGAGAGAGAGCGAGAGAGAGAGAAAGAGAGAGCGAGAGAGUAUCAAAGAAAGAGGGAGAGAAACAGAGACAGAGCCUCUGUUGAACUGACAAACUGGAACAUCACAAACUUUUACACAAUGAAGGUGUGAGCAGGUUGAGAGCAUCAAGCGUUCAGACUGGGGAUGAACGUCACCAUGAACCAAACCGAGGGACUUUACAGAGACAGCUAUGGAGUCUGGAGAGGUGGCAAUGUCACACACAACGUCACCUCCGGUUUCCAGUCCCCCUUCUCACCUGUCAUGGACAUGGCCAUCAGCGGAAUCACCAUCGUCAUCCUCUUCAUCACCAUGGUGUCCCUCGGCUGCACCAUGGAGAUCUCCAAGAUCAAGAACCACAUCCUGAAGCCUAAAGGGGUGGCCAUCGCGGUGGUGGCCCAGUUUGGCAUCAUGCCCCUCACCGCCUUCAGCCUGGCCAAGCUCUUCCAGCUGGAGCCCAUCGAGGCUGUGACUGUGCUGAUCUGUGGCUGCUGUCCUGGGGGGAACCUCUCCAACAUCUUUGCCCUAGCCCUCAAGGGGGAUAUGAACCUGAGCAUUGUGAUGACAACAUGUUCCACUGUCGCGGCCUUGGGCAUGAUGCCUGUGCUGCUCUUCCUGUACUGCCAAGGGUUCAACAACCUAGAAAAUGCUGUUCCUUACACUGGCAUCACCUUAGCUCUCAUCAUGACCUUGGUGCCAUGUGCCAUUGGCAUAGCCAUCAAUCACCACAAACCAAACUACUCUCCGAUCAUCACCAAGGUCGGUCUAAGCAUCCUAUUGGUGGCCUCUGUGGCUAUCGCAGUGAUGUCGGGCAUCACCAUUGGUGGAACAGUGUGGGUGGUGCUCUCACCCAAGCUGAUGGCUGCAGCUGCUCUGAUGCCCCUGAUUGGCUACCUGCUGGGGUACUUCCUGUCAACUGUCUUCAAGGUUGAUCACAAAUGCAGAAGAACCAUAGCAGUUGAGACCGGCUGUCAGAACAUCCAGCUGUGCUCCACCAUCCUGAAGGUGGCCUUUGCCCCCGAGGUCAUCGGACCCCUGUAUCUGUUCCCCCUCAUCUACAUCAUCUUCCAGGGUGGAGAGGCCCUGCUGUUCAUCCUCCUCUUCAGAGGUUACCAGACGUUCAAGCCGCAGGCUAAGGCAAAGCCUGUGUACCUGGCAGUGGAUGGGAAGCUGCAGGAGGUGAAGUUGCCUUAGGUUCAGCUCAAAAUCCUGGGAACGUAGGCCCCAGAGGGCACUAGGGCUGACAGAACAAGGGCCCCAUCACCCACACCCAGGGAACUUAGGACCCAGAGGGCAUCAGACCUGACUGGCCAGGCCACCCACACACCAGCGGUGGAGAGAACAGCUCAGACUCUGAAGGUGGAUCCAAACUGAAACCCUGGUGGGCAGCUGUUCAGGGUGCACACUGCAGUGGUACUACAAUACUACCUUUAAACCAGCGGUCUGCAACCCUGGUCCUCAGAGACCCCUCGUCCUGCAUGUUCUAGACGUUUCCCUGCUCCAACACACCCGAUUCAAAUGAAUGGGUCGUUAUCAAGCUCAGCAGAAGCCUGGUAACAACCAGUCAUUUAAGAUCAGGUGUGUUGGAAGAAGGAAACAUGUCAAACAUGCAGGACAGGGGGUCCCCUGAGGACCAGGGAUGAAGCUGCUACAUGAUGAAGCCACUACAAAUGAUGAGGGAUGAACACAGAGUAACACGUCUAUAAAAUGU